AUGACUCAAUUACUUGGCGCCGGAGACGGGGUCCUCGACUGGAGUCGGGAUGGACUCGUGCUCACAGCCGAGCAGAAACAGCACUACGAGAGAGAGGGAUACCUACUCGUUCGGAACGUCGUGCCGACCUACGAGCUCGACCGUUUCCGCAAGAGAUUCCAGGUAUAUUCUUCAAACUGAGAGACUUUUUCUGAACUUUAGCGCUAUUUUUCAUCUUUUCUUUAAUCUCUGAUGUUCUGGUUUCCGAAAAAGGUCGGAAAAAAAGAAAAAAUGUCUUGUAAUAAUGUGAAAAAUCAGAAAUUUUCAGGACAUUUGCGAAAAACGAGUCCAAGCUCCGCCCAACAUGACCGUCAUGAAGGACAUCACCAUUGCCAAGUCUGAGUUUUUGAGUGGUAAUUAUUGAAAAAGUAAAAUUUAUUCUUAAAAGAUCAUUUUGAAGGCGAGAAAGCGAUCACAAAAGUCCAAGAUUUUUCCGAGGAUCCAGUCCUUUUUGAGUACUGCAAGUACCCGACUGUGAGUUUCAAACUUAUAUUGGUAAUUUUUGUCACCAAUUAUCCUUCAAGUGACGGGAAACUACUACUGCAUAGAGAAAAAAAGGAAGAAAUCCUAUUUUUAAAAAAAUUAAAAAAAAUUUGGAUGUCUUAUUUAAGGCUUGGAUUCAGAUAAUUGACAUCGUCAAUGACGUGAUCGGGAAGCCCGGCUCGAACUUGUUGGCCAUGCACACGAUGCUCAUCAACAAGCCUCCAGAUAAUGGUAAACGCAGAAAAUCUUUUCCCAGCAAAAACGGAAAUUUAAAAAAUAACUCCUAAAAAGGUUCUUGAAAACUUCUAGAAGAGCGAUAUCCUAAAAAUAAAACAGUCAUUUUUGGCCGAAAAUUGCCAAAAAUCCAAAGUAAAAAUAGUUAAAAUGAAAAUUUUCCCGUAAAAAAAUCUUCAAAAAAAAUAGAAACUUCUUUUGAAAACCUCUAGAAGCCGUAUACUGGACAAUAGAGUAGUUGAAAAAUCCCAAUUCUCUUUUUUCCAACAAAAAUUGAAUUUGAAAACAGCUUCAAACCCAACUCUUCAAAACUAUUAAGAUUUUUUAUCAUGAAGUUCUUAAAAAAGGGAAGACAAUUAAAUUUUAUAAGAGUCAUUUUUGGCUAUAAACUGACGGAAAAGCUAAGGUAGAACUUUAAAAAUCAAGAAUUUCCAGAAAAAAAUAAGAUUUCUAAAAAGUUCUCGCAGUCUUAUUCGAACACUUCAAAGUCUUAAAAUUUCUCAUCAUGAAUCUGAAUGUUUUAUGGAAGAAAAGAAGACUUUUAGAAGCCAUUUUCUAGACAAGACUGAAAAAACUUCAAAGGAACAUUGGAAAUAAACUUUUAUUCUCCAGGAAAGCUCACAUCUCGCCAUCCAAUGCACCAGGACCUACAGUACUUCCCGUUCCGGCCAGCCGACUAUAUUUGCUGUGCAUGGACCGCUAUGGAAAAAGUGAGCAGCUAUUCGGGAAAAAACCUUAUUUUCGAAAAAAUCUGAUAAAAUUUUUUCACUUAAGAUCUAUUCUUCAGAUCAACCGCGCCAACGGCUGCCUGGUGGUCGUGCCAGGAUCGCACAAAGGUCAACUUCUUCCUCACGAAUAUCCCAAAUGGGAGGUAAGGUCACACCUUUAUCGUUUUUGAUUGAAACAAUUAUCUUUUCGAAAAUCGAAUCAGGUUGAAAAAAAGUCUAUAAUGAGUUUGAUAACUGUGAAAAAGAUUCUCUUUUUUAACACCUUAAAGAGUUUUUUUAAAUCAAUAUUUCAUUGGAUUUUUAAAGGUUCCCAAGAAAGAGUAUUCCCAGUCGACUUUUAUCUGUAAACUUCCUCAAAAAUCUAAAAUUGUAAGAUCCAGUCCUUUCUGAGCUUUAAAGCAAUGAAUUUUCAUUACGGCGAUUUUUCGAGUCUCUGCGUCUCUCUGUUCCCUCACCGGCGAGGUCAGAGAAACAUAAAAAUAGUACUUCAAAAUGAGAGCGUUGCCGAGAGACGAGGAGGCCGCAGAGAAGUUUCACUUACGCGAAAAAUUGACGUUCUCUUUUUGAAUUUUCAUUUUUCAACCUGAGAAGCUUCCAGGGAGGCGUCAACAAGGCCUACCACGGGAUCCAGGACUACGAUCCGUCGAUGCCGCGAAUCCACGUCGAAAUGGAGGCCGGCGACACGGUUUUCUUCCAUCCGCUUCUCAUCCACGGCUCUGGCGCCAACCGAACCGAGGGUCCGUUCUAGAAAUGUCAAAAUGGAAAAGUUAUGAUGACCAUGUAAAAAUUCUAAAUCUUUCCACUUUUCAUUCAAAAUUCUCUUUGAUACUCGUUAGAGGUCUAGAUAGACAGUAAAACAUUUCAAAGUGGUCCCUCUAGGGGUAAGAAGGAGACAGAACCCCUAUAGAGGCCGAAAACGCGGUCCCUAAAUAGGUAAAACCAAAGUUGUCUUUAUAGGGUUCAAAGGGAAAAACAGCCGAUACAGAGUCCGAAAAAGUUGUCCCUAUAUGGCUAAAAUCAAAGUGGUCCCUAUAGGUGUUUAGGGUCUGACCCUUCAGCCACUAACGCUCAAGUGGUCCCUAUAGGGGUUAAAGGGAAAAACAGCCCCUACAGGAAUCGAAAAGUGGUUCCUUCAGGAAUUAAAGAUCUGAUUUUUCAGCCGCUAAAGCUCAAGUGGUCCCUAUAGGGAUCUUUCAAAUUCAUUCAUAAAACGAAUAUUCAUUCAGUUUCUCGGACGCUUCUUUGCAUGGAUUUCAUGAGAACUAUCGUCUAGCUUGUCCCCUAUAGUGACCACUUUUGCAAACUUUAAUGGCCCUCAUAGGGAUUGGUAAAGUGUUCCUGGAGUGGAGCCUUCAAGGGCCCCCUAAAGAGGCCUCUCUGAAGUUCCUAAAUAGUUCCGCAAACUCUACGUUUCCAGAUAUAACUUUUUAAAAUUGGUCGGUAACAUGGGAAGAUCUGAAAAUUCAAAAAAAAAUCUUUUCCAGGUUUCCGCAAGGCGAUCUCUUGCCACUACGCCAACGACGACCUUUGCCGUUAUGUGAACGUUGAAGGGACCACUCAAGAGGUUCGAUUAGCCAUCAUCUGACUUCUAAUCAAUUGUUCAGGAAAUCUCCAAAGAGAUCAUCGACAUGGCCAAGAAACGCUUCCGCAGGUACGGAUCCAACCCGGAGGACAUUCAAGUCGAUUUUGCGGUGAGAUUUAUCUUUCAACUUAGGAAUUCCAAAAAGAAGCGACUUUUUCAUGUAACUUUCAAUGGCUUUUUGUCAAUUAGAAAUUCGAAGAAAAAUGAAAAAUUCAGGAUAUCUGGCGUCUACGAGCCCGCGAAGUCAACGGAUCCCGAAGCCAUCUUUAA